CCGCUACCAGUUUCUGUGUGUUCAGCCAGUUGGACCUUUCUGCUCUGUUCCUGUUUCAGACCUCUCUGCUUGAUGCUGCCUAUGUCUGAGUGCUGCACAAGUCUGCCUGUUUCCCCAUCAACUAAACAUCUGGAUCCAGAAGAACCUGAAAGAGAGAAGGACCCUAAUUCUAAAAUGGUGGAGCGUUUUGACAGCGAGCCAUCCAGACCAGGGUUCGCGCUGGCCGACUACGCCGUCUUUGCUGCCAUGUUGUCAGUGUCCAUGGGCAUCGGGCUUUUCCAGGCCCUGAAGAAACGGCAAAGGGCUGUGACCGCAGACGCCUUCUUCACGGGAGGUCGCAGCAUGCCAGCCGUGCCUGUCGGUCUGUCACUCUGCGCCAGCUUCAUGUCGGCAGUCCAAGUUUUGGGUGUUCCCUCUGAGGGGUUUCGCUUUGGCUUCAAAUUCCUCUACAUGUGCCUCGGACAAAGCAUCAACUCCCUGCUGACGGCUUACCUGUUCCUGCCGGUUUUCUUUCGACUGGGCAUCACCAGCACCAACCAGUAUCUAAAGAUGAGGUUUGGCAGAGGGAUGCAGCUGCUGGGAAGCGUCCAGUUUCUUCUUGCGACGCUGCUUUACACUGGGAUUGUCAUCUAUGCACCAGCCUUGAUCUUGAAUCAAGCCACUGGACUCAGUAUCUGGGUGUCUCUCUUUUCCACGGGAAUCAUUUGCACCAUGUACACCACACUGGGCGGCAUGAGGGCCGUGAUCUGGACUGACGUGUUCCAGAUUGUCGUCAUGUUGUCGGGCUUUGUGGCGAUUUUCAUCCAUGGCACAAUUCUGGUUGGCGGUCCUGCUAAAGUACUGGAGAUUGCCAACAACGGAUCGCGCCUUAAUUUCAACGAUUUUGACGUCGACCCACGGAAACGUUACACCUUCUGGAGCCUCACCGUCGGGGGUUCCAUGGUUUGGUUGUCCAUGUACGGGGUAAACCAAGCACAAGUUCAGCGCUACAUCUCCUGCCGAUCAGAGAGAGAGGCACAGUGGGCUCUGUUUGUGAAUCAGGUUGGCCUGUGUCUAAUUGUGAGCAGUGCAGCAACCUGCGGCAUCGUCAUGUUCGCUUAUUACAACUUCUGCGACCCGCUGAAAUCUGGGAGGAUUUCUGCACCUGAUUUGUACAUGCCGUUCUUCGUGUUGGACAUAUUCAGAGAUCACCCUGGCUUCCCGGGGCUUUUCCUGGCCUGUGCAUACAGUGGCACUCUCAGCACAGCUUCCACGAGUAUCAACGCCAUGGCUGCAGUGACGAUGGAGGAUCUGCUGAAACCUCAUCUUCUCCACAUGACGCAGAAGAAGCUGAUCCUUAUCUCCAAAGGGCUGUCAUUCCUGUAUGGAGCUGGAUGCAUCACAGUAGCAGCGCUCUCUUCCUUCCUGGACUGGGGAGUCCUUCAGGGGUCCUUCACUGUCAUGGGCGUGGUCAGUGGUCCGGUUCUGGGUGUGUUCAUUUUGGGAAUAUUUGUGCCAGGAACAAACAGACUGGGGGCGUACUCGGGGAUAUUUGCGGGAUUCUGUGUCUCUCUGUGGCUGGCUGUGGGUUCAACUCUUCAUCCACCCAGUGAGGAGACAAUGGGCGUCCUGCCCAGCUUCACAGAAGGCUGCAGACCUGCUAAUGGCACACUGAGCAGCACCUCUAACCCAGACGAGCUCUCCAUCUUGACCCCACUUCGUCCUGAUGAUCAAGGCGGCCUCCUUAACUUCUACUCCAUGUCUUACCUCUAUUUCGGAGCCAUGGCCACCAGUUCAGUCAUACUUGUUGGGCUGAUAGUGAGCUAUGCAACAGGACCAACGAAGAGGAGCCAAAUUAAAGAGGGCUUGUUGUGGUGCGACCUGAAUAAAAAGAAGACUGAGAUCUCACCAGAAAACACAACCAACAUGAUAUCCAGGAUGUUCCCCUGCUUCGUCCACAAUGCAUUCUGGGAUACACAACCCGCGGGUCACACAAGAAACAACCAGAAGGACAAAUUGCCAGAAAACCCGCAGGUGGUUCCUUUGAAGAACCUGCCAAGAGAUGACGUGCUGUAAAUGGCAAAGGAUAGAACAGCUUUACUCCUCAGAUUACUCUUAACAAAUCCUAUGGACAAGUUUCCCUGCAGUAGCAGUUACAAUAAUGCGUUUGUCUGUACUUCAGUUUUGCUUUUUGAAGAAUUUUUUUUUUUUAUCUUAUUUGAAGUUUCAUAAUCCUGACACAUAUUCAGGGUUCCAUGUAUGUCUUCAUUAUUCUUUCGAAGAGUCAUAAAUAGAGAUAAUAUUCAAUCCAGCAAGGUGUGGUGAAAGACUCUUUCACUUCCUUCUGGUAUGUGACGUUUCUGGAGCGAUGUGCACCUGGACCGUAAACAGAUGUAGGACGGGAAGCAGAUACAAACGGACUCAGUCUGUGGGUACAGCAGCAAUAACUCCGUGAGGUUUUUCCUCAUUUAGUGCCUUUGCUUUUCUUUCUAUCUCUCCCUCUCUUCUUUUUUUUUUUCAUUACUGGAAGUCAGUCACAGCGUUUAUUUCCUCAACGGUAAAUAUUAAAUCAAUAAGGUCAAUCAGUUCAGACAUCUUUGCUGAACAUGAACUGGUGUGGGCUUAUAUUAGAAAAUAUUUUGAAAAUAAUAAGCACAAAAAUCAUGAGAUAAAAAAAGUAAGUUCAGAGCAUUGAAGGGUUUAACUGGUACAAGCUUAUUAUUUUUUUUAUGAAGUUACCUAAUAUGUUUACUAAGUGACUGCGCAAAUUUGAUUUUGUGUUUUCUUAACAUCCAUUUAAUUCACUGCUUUUGCUAUAAAAACAUAAACCUAAUAAACCCUUGCAGUUCUCAACGUAAAAAAAACAAUAGACCAAUUUUCUGUUAUGUUUGUUACAUGGAAAACUGCUUAACAAACCUGUAAUACCUUCAUAACUCAUCUGUUUGUCAAUUAAAGCAGGAACUCUUCACCCAAAUUAAUCAUUCUCUGCAUAAUGAAAUUGAUACUGAUAUUGUGUUGAAUACCAAAUAUUAUGGUGUUAUUUGAAAUAAAAUAAGGUAUAACUGAGGUUUAAAUGAAAUUAAACAGAAAACUGUGCAAAUAUAACUUAUUCCACACAGUUAAUCUGAUUUCUCUAAGCAAUUAGAAAGUUAUUUUAGUGAAUGUAAAUUAAAAAUUUUUAAAGACUUCAAAGUUAUGCCUACGUGUCAAUACAUUUAAAUUAUGUUUCCCGGUGAUUCCCAGUGAAUCCAAAAUAAAUGCCUUUGUAACCUUAAAAUGUAAAAUAACAUUUUUAUUGGUUUUUGAAGAUGUAUGUUAUUUAAAAAAAAAAAACACUUGAACCUUCAAACCGUUUACCUUUCCGUGCUUUGUAGCAUCUUGAAUUAUGAGUUACAUGUAAACGGCUUUACCAGACAUGUUAAGUCGUUUUGAUUCGGAUGCCAGAGAAAACAGAGUGACAUUGAGUAUUCUCUGCCAGUAUGAAGCAUAGUGUCAUGCAGCAUAGCACUCUUCGCUAAUUUCUGCAGCACACUACCGGUCAGCUGGCUGAAAGAAGUCGAAUACUUCCAAGAAAAGACCAAUUUAGCCAAGUAAAAACAAGUAAAAAUUAAACGGUAACAGAAUG